UUGCAUCCAGCAGCGAAUCUCCACCGCCUGUCUCUCUCGAUCACGGGCGUCUGUCUUGCUGGAUCUGCUUUUGGCUUCUGAUUUCUGCUAAUCUCGCCGCCGUCAAACGUCUUUCCGCUCUCCCCGAAGGAGUGUGUAUGCCCCUCCUCCAGAUGACGAACCCCCACGCACGACUAGGGAGGCUUACCCCGAGUGACCCGACUUGCGUCUCCCCAGACUGCCUAACAAGUUCCUCAGCCACAAAGACCGGGGGAGUACUCGAAACGACAGCACCAAUUUUGCCGGUUGGGGGGUUUGGGAAAGGAGGGGGGCAGGAUCUUAGGCCCAUCAGCUUGGGUCCCGGUGCUCUUCGAGGGUCUUCCCCGAUCCAUGCUACACGCAUGGGCCGGUCUGUGCUGACGCAGUAUGUGGGUGGUAGGCAUAGUCGCCGUUUGAGUCAGCUGCAAUUGGCCUUCCUUCCUUCUCGUGUUCAUAGAUGGGGUGUAUUGGCCCCCAGAUUCUUGGCUUCUUCUAGAACUGCGGAGUUGCUGUUCGAAAGCACUGUCCACACUGCCUUUGUGUCAAUUGCAAAAUCUCCUAUCACAACAUCUUCUUCCCCCUCUUCUUCCUAUCGAAUUUGCCACCGGAUGAAUGCCAUUUAG